UCUAUCUAUAAAUACCAAUUUCCAAGGAUUUGGGGGCGUUGUUUCGACUGGGAUUUUAAGCUUAAAACCCUAACCCUAGAAAUUUAUUCGGAAUUCAUCGCUGGUGCUAUUUGACCUCAUUCAAAAUGCCUCGCCGUAGCUCUGGAAGGUCUGCUUCUCGCCCUGCCCCUCGUCCUGCUCCUGCUCGCAACCCUCCACCUCAACCAGCUCAUCAUGCUUCUCCUCCAGCUCCUGCUCAGAGUGGAAGUGGUGGAUCCUUGCUCGGAGGCAUAGGCUCUACCAUAGCUCAAGGCAUGGCAUUUGGUACUGGAAGUGCUGUAGCUCACAGGGCUGUGGAUGCUGUGAUGGGUCCUCGUACUAUUCAACAUGAAACUGUGGUUUCCGAGGCUGCAGCUGCCCCUGCACCAGCAACUACUUCCAGUAGUUUAGCUGGCACUGAUUCAUGCAGCAUCCACUACAAGGCAUUCCAGGAUUGCCUGAAUAGCUAUGGAAGCGAACUCAGCAAGUGUCAGUUCUACAUGGAUAUGUUGACUGAGUGCAGGAAGAACACAGGGUCCAUGUUGGGUGCCUAAAAGUUUAUUCACCAUUUUCCUUGUUAUGCUAUUGAAAUUGUCAGCUUCGGACUUGCGCUGAGAUUUACCCUUGUUUUUCUUUGGUUGAUUGAUGAAGCUGAACUCUUCCAUAAAUCUCUAUGAAUAAAAAACACUCUUUGAGUGAUACUGUUUUUUAAUUGUUGAACCUUUGUUAUCGCUAAUCAAUCUCAGUAUCAUUUGUACUUUUUCAGUAAA